AAUUCGAGUAAACCUAAGCUCAACUUUGUUUUUCUGUCGCAACAAUCUUAGUUUUAACUGAUUCCUUCCUUGUAACUUGAACGAAAACAAUACGGUCUUCAUAACAACAGGAACAAGAUACAAUCAACAGUACUCACGCCAGCAACAACGGAUGUUUACGAAGGAUCUUCUGUUACUGAAAUUCCACUCGUUUCCUUUUAGGGAAAAUAUUUUUUCUGCUAGAAGGCGCUUGAAAUAUGUUGCAGAUGCUUCUUGCUAUCCUUUUUCAAGGGAAUUUUUAGGCCGGUAUCCCUUUUGUAAUCUUUACGCACAAACUGUAAUGGAGACAAAGACUGGAACAGGACCUAGUCAGUUUAACAACAAUCUCAUACGAGAACCCUUUUUUGACGAUGGACUGUAAGCAACUCAGCUUGGAUAUGACCGUUAUCAUUCUUUCUACGAAGAAGUUGCUUAGAAUGACUAGAAGUUACAAUAUCUGUGAAUGUUUUGCUUCUUUGUGAUAGGCAAAAAGGUUAUUGACUUUUGUGAAAUUGAACCUUCAAGUUUAAUUAUCGCUCACAAACUUAUCGUCGACGUGAUUAUAUAAUGAGAUAGUAGUUUGAGAGUAUUUUCUCAGUUGUUCUUUUGCAGUCACAAAGGUUAUUCGAAUUUGGAAUUGCUUCCUAGUCGUAGAAGUUUCUUGAGUCGUCGUUUAUUAAUAUUCUCCACUCAUUUUUAUGUUUAAGGUGACCCUCUGUAAACUUUAGAUAGGCAGAAAGUAGGUUGGAAUUUAUCUAUAAUAGUCACAAAGCGGUAUGCUCUUCUUGCUUUCCGACGUUUAUAGAUUUCAUUUAGAGAACUCUGUGAUUUUUAAUCUCAAAGUAAAAUGUUAAACAAACUGUAUGAGUCAACGACUCAAUUCGCGAGAUCCAAGCGUUUUGAAACUGAAACAGCAGAGGACGAAUUACUUUUCUUUCAACACGAAUGGCGCAAAGGAUUACUCUCAUCGUUUAAGAUACAAAAUUUUGCUCGGUUUCUAAAAAAAUU